AUGUCUUUUGUGGCGAAAUCUCUUAAAACAUUUCUGGAAAAGUAUUCAAGGCCACAUCACCAAACAGUACUCAGCAAAAAAUAUGAGGCAAAUGAAAAUGAAAAAGUUCUAAUUAUAGUAGCAAUUCUAUGCAUAGCUUUCAAAAGCACAAUGGAUGAAUUCUUUGGUUUGGUACGAGUAUUGUUUGAAUCACCAAACAUGUGUACGGAACAUUUAGAAUCUAACAGUUGUUCUUUAACUGCCUGGAUGAUCCCUUCAACAGUAGUGAACCUUCCACCUAGAGCAUAUGGCCCCACUUCUAGUUCUAGUUCUGGUAUGGACAAAGAACAGGUUUCAGACUGA